UCCAAAGUUCCAAAGAGGGCCCUUUCUCUCUCCACCUGCUCUGCCCCACACUACACCAUCAGAAGGCAGCAAAAAUGAAGAACAUUUACUUUGUGGCUGGAUUGUUUAUAAUGCUGGUGCAAGGAAGCUGGCAACGUUCCCUUCAAGACACAGAGGAGAAAACCAGAUCCUUCCCAACUUCACAGACAGACCCGCUGAAUGAUCCCGACCAGAUGAUUGAAGACAAGCGCCACUCACAGGGCACAUUCACCAGUGACUACAGCAAGUACCUGGACUCCAGGCGUGCCCAAGACUUUGUGCAGUGGCUGAUGAAUACCAAGAGGAACAGAAAUAACAUUGCCAAACGUCACAAUGUUGAGAGACAUGCUGAAGGAACCUUUACCAGCGAUGUAAGUUCUUAUUUGGAAGGUCAAGCUGCCAAGGAAUUCAUUGCUUGGCUGGUGAAAGGCCGAGAAAGGCGAGAGGUAAGUCUUUUCCCAGAAGAAGUUACAAUCGUUGAAGAACUUCACCGCAGACAUGCCGAUGGCUCUUUUUCAGAUGAGAUGAACACAAUUCUUGAUAACCUUGCCACCAGGGACUUCAUCAACUGGCUGAUUCAGACCAAAAUCACUGACAGGUGA